AUGUUCUUCCAACGCACAGCCAUCGCCCUUGCGAGGCGCGCCCCUGCCAGGGCCAUCGCCGUCCGCCCAUUCUCCUCCUCCAUCGUCCGCUCCAACCAGUCCAAGUGGCAGCCCAAGCAGGAGGGCAAGAUCAUUCCCUUCGAAGAAAUCAAGACCGAAGAUGACUUGUUUGCCCCUGGUGCCAAGUCCGGUACCAUCCCUAGCGAUCUCGAGCAGUCUACCGGUCUUGAGCGCCUUGAACUUGUCGGAAAGAUGCAGGGCAUUGAUAUCUUCGAUAUGAGACCUCUGGAUGCUUCUAGGAAGGGAACCCUCGAGAACCCUAUCAUCGUCAAUGGUGCUGGUGACGAGCAGUACGCUGGUUGCACCGGAUACCCUGCAGACUCUCACCAGGUCAUCUGGCUCACUGUCUCCCGUGAGCGCCCUGUCGAACGCUGCAGCGAGUGCGGUAACGUCGUCAAGCUGAACUACAUUGGUCCCGUUGAGGAUGCUCACUCCCACGACCACGACCACGGCCACCACCACCCCCCUCACGAGGAGCCCAAGACCUUCGCCGACUACGUCAAGCCUGAGUACUGGUACCGGUAA